AUGAAUAAAGUAAAGGGAUGGAAGAGGUUGGUUGAAUGGCACACACCACCAGUGAGAGCAUACACAGUAAGUGAGAAGAGAAUCAAUAAAGGACUAUGGAGAUGUAAUGUGACAGAUAGUCCAAAUCGGCCGCAAGUACCUGGGAAACUCCGCCCAACCCAUCAUGUCAUUUGGUCACACUACCUUUCUCUAACCGCGUUUGUCAUUUGUGUCUUGCUCUCUUAUAUUUCUACCUUGAUGUCGUCGAAAAGACCACUCUCCUAUCAAAACUGGAAAUGCGUCAUCAAGUACAUGAAUUCCAACACGAGAAUCCUGCUCUCUCAACAUUGUCCCGAACUUCGGCUAAUAGAAAAAUCGAUACCUCUGAAAAUCCACUCAUUAGAAUUACGCUGCCAAGAUCUGAUUGUUCUCAACGAUAGUACUUACCAAGUUGGCAUUAUCCGUCAGUACCACGAUGAAACUUAUGAAAUCCCUGAAGAGAUUCAGUGGUUUAACAAUAAUGGUGGAAUGAGACAUGAUGCCGAUAAAUAUGGAUUACGGCUAACUCCUGGGUACCCCCGAAUGGAUCGUGAUUAUCAAGAAAGGGAGAAGAAGAUGCUCCAGAAAAGAAUUGAACAACUCAAGGAACAAUUGCCGGGAUCAGCUACCCUUUUGGAACAUGCUGAGAAAAAUCUAAAGCAUCGAGACCAUGCUAUUUUUCUCUAUGAUCUUCAAUCGAAAAAUCUCGAACCACCGUUUACCCACUAUCUCCAACUAACUAUCACUUCUAAAACUAAUGGAACACAACGAAAUGAACGAUUAGUCUACAAUCAAAAGUUGCAACUUGCACAUAAAUAUCUCAUCGACAAGUUAUUCGGAGGAAGGACUCAGAUACUUAUUGGACAUAUGGGAGUUUAUUCUUCAGAUCAACUUUUUCCGCGGGGUUCUUUGAUGCGUGUUCAAAAUUUAACCAUUGAAUAUUAUUCAAUUGUUCCGUUUCUUGCUAAAGUACUGGACUACAAAAACUACCCAUUGGAAACGCUCUCUUUGCGUGGGGAGGAACUGAAUAAUCCAAUAGCCGCUACUGCUCAAAAACUUCUAUUCACUGGACUAUCUUCCGGCUUUCCUGUAAUCCGUCAUGAAAAUGUGGAGUUCUCUUGUUAUUUUGACAUCACAGCGUCAGUUCAGCGAUUAGUGCAACAUAUGCUGAGUGUCAAAACAAGCAUCGGAGUGUGCUAUGCAUUCAGAUGUGACUUCGAUUUUGAGAAAACGGAAUUAAUUGAUGAAAUCAAGGAAACCAAUGAAGAGAAAGUGAAACUAUUUAUGAAUACAAGAAACGAUACAUUCUCAAGUUGUGUUGUUCUCCAAAUGACAGAAACUUCUGAUCUAUUCGUCUACUGGACAAACGAGAAAAUGAAUUAUCUCAAAAUAGAAGUGUUGCCAUCUGGAAGUCCAGUAUCUAUUGAGCAUGACUAA